AUGGAAUGGGAUGCAACUGUGGAGUCAACUGUCGCGGUGUCUCUGUAUCCAAAUUCCAUUCGGCCAGAUCGAAUCCGAUUGAAAGAUUACAUAAGGGACAUUUACGUUCCCGAAUUUUCCGCAGAAUGGAGAAGAAACAUAUUGGACUUGAUACCUCGUGCAGACCGACGGAAACAUUCCUGCUUCAUAAACUCAGUGCUGGACGAGGUAAAGGAUAUGUAUAUUGAAAGAAUGAAAGACUUCGUACUGAAAUCCAUACUGUCCUGCGAGAUGUACAGACGGGAACUCGUCGCUCGCGAGGAGUGCAACGUUCCUGCCGGCUCGAAGCGACGUGUGAUUGAAAAAGAUCAAACGUACGAUCGCCAAAUAUUUCUGCAGCGUCGCAGUUUGUUCGCCAAGAGGUACUUUCUCUCCUAUCCGAUAAUCAGACAUGUCAUGAACACGGCGCAUCGUCUUCUACCCGCGGUAAUUUGUGACUUCAGACGCUACCACGGACUCGGAAUGCUGACGCUGUGCUGCUUUCAAGAUACAAUCCUUAAAGAUAUCAAGAGAGGCUCUUCGGUGAUCACCAAUCAAUUUUACACCGAGACAUUUAAAGCCGUGCAGCGGUCGAAACUGUUCAGGGGCAUCUCUGCGAAACGCCUGUACCAAUUUAUGCGAUGCCUCACAAAUGUAUUCGUCCAGCAGGUUCUCAAUGUAAUGAUGAGAUCGAUCGAUCACGUAAUAGACACCAUGAGGGACGGUCGCUUCUGCCCUCAAAUCGAAUUUCAGCUGGUAUGCGAGAGUGAUCAGCUUCUAACAAAGCCAGACAUAGAGGCGGUCUUCUCGACGUAUCACGAUAUCAUUCGGAACAUCGGAGGUAUCGCGCAAGAUCUGAUGCCCUUGGAGGAGUGGCUGAACGUCAAAGCCAGGGAAAGGUACAUAAAAGUGGCGCUCCCCGACUGGUUCGUCGAGAAGUCUCACCGUAAUUUACAGGCGAUACUAGAUGCACUGUUCCGACCUAUGAACGAGCACGUGGCGUUCAUCUACGUAGAGUUCAGCGAUAUAUGCGCGUCGAGCGCCAAGAAUCGGAUACUAGCUUUGACCUCCGAACAACCGGAUUUUGACGCUCACUUCGAACACAUAUGCAGGUACAACGGGUAUCUGAGCAAAACGAACUCUAUGCUCUCCAAUUUGUAUUACAACGUGGGAAAGUUGGAGCAGAGCGGUGCCAGGGAAUCCCUGAGGCGGAUCUGCUGCGACGUUAUAAACGUCCUCACGGCGAAGCUCGUGGAAUAUCAUCAGGACUUCAAUCGUUCGGUCUGCUCGGACUUCGAGGAACUGAGAUCCACGGCGCUUGACAUCCCGAGGGACGCGAGUUCCCUGAUACAAUUGAGCGAACGUAUGUCGCAAGCUUCGAAGGUACUGAUGAAGGAACAGGAGCGGAAGAUACGAGAAUCGAUCUACAUGCUGAGCAAACUGCUGGAGAUUACCGUACUGACUGACGAGCACGUCGACUUAAACAGGGCCACCAUCAAUUGGCUGCACGACAUCCAGCCGGUGUUUGCGCAGAACAAUACGCUGUGCGAAGCUAUGAAGAGCGAGCUGGAGGAGGAUCUUCAACGGAGGAUAAACGCGUUAAACUCGGAGGUCGACGCGACCUUCCCGCAGCUUAUCAUCCUAGACGACAUGGACGACGUGAGCAAGGUCGGGGAAUACUUGGAGCACUAUAAGGAUCUGAACAAAAAGUACAAGCGUAUAGACGACGAGAUGCAAGUAAUUAAUUCAGAGGAGAGGCUCUUCAGAUUCCCCGAAACGGAGUUCCCGAAGAUAAUCGAGCUGAAGGAAACGAUCAUGCCGUUCUACAAGCUAAUAUUCACCAUCCGUCAGUGGCGAAGGGACAACUCCGUGUGGCUGAACGGUCCAUUUGAAUGCCUGGACGCCACCGUUAUCGCGAAGAAGACCGCGAUUUACUUGGACGAAAUCACGGACAUGGGCAAGACGAUGAAGUCGCGCAUCAAGAUGGACGCGACGGCGAACAAGUCGUACAAGUUUGCCGGCAUCGCCGACGAUCCCGACCCGAUGCAGCAGCCCGCACCGCUGAAACUGUGCUGGCAGGCGCUAAAUAACGUUAAAGAGUUUAAGGUUUACGUGCCGCUCGCGGUUUGCAUGUGCAAUCCGGCUUUGAAUGCGCGCCACUGGACGGAGAUGUCCGCGAUAUGCGACUUCGAUCUUACGCCGAACGCGGGAACGACCCUGAGGAAAAUGAUCGACAUGAACCUGAUGGACAACAUCGACAGGUACAAGGCCAUAAGCUUGGGCGCCAACAAGGAGCUUCGUCUUCAGCGGGAACUGGCCGAGAUGACUAAGGAGUGGGAGCCGGUAUCGUUUGAGAUGUCGACCGACGUAGAAUCCGGUGAGGUAUCCUUUAAGCACGCGAACGACAUCGAAAUUCUUCUUAGCGAACACCUCGUCAGAAUCGAGGAGAUGAGAGCGUCGCAUUUCGUGAAGCCAAUACUGUCAGACCUAGCUGACUUUUUCGCUGUUCUCGCGAGGAUCCGAGAAAUCCUCGAUCAGUGGACGCGAGUGCAACACCGUAAACUCUAUUUAGAGCCGAUAUUUUCUUAUCCGAAAAUCGAAGCGCGCUUGAGUCAAGAAACUUCGUUGUAUUUAGAAGGGACGAACGUUUUGCUGAACAUUAAUAACAGAUUCGCGGAAAAUCCGAGCUUUCGUGAAAUAAGAAGAUCGUCAGAUUUGCCACAGAUCUUGAAUGAAGCCAAUGAGAAGUUGGAGAGAGCGAUCAGAGGUGUAAAAAAUUACUUGGAUGUUAAAAGACUCUCGUUCACGAGAUUCUUCUUCCUCGAGGAUUCAGAGGUUCAGAAAAUAUUGUUCGAAUCGAUGGAUGCAGGGCAUCAGCUCGUAAAGAAAUGUUUCGCUGGCGUGGAACGAUUGAAAUUUAAUAAAUCCAACUGCAUUCGAGGCAUCGUCGGGCAUUACGGGGAGAUCUUAUAUCUAAAUAGUAGCAUAUCCUUAUCCACUGACACCGAGCGCGAAGAGCAAUGGUUAAUUCAGCUCGAAAAGGAGAUGAAAGACGCAAUUCACAAAAACAUUCUGCAAUGUCAUCCUCUGGGCGAUGGAAACUCAACGUUCGCUCCCGCUGACAAUUUCCCAAGCAUGGCAGUCGUUUGCAGUCUGCAACUUCGCUGGACUCGCUCGGUAGAAAAGUGUCUUACGCCACUAAAUAUCGCCAUGUUGAACUCUUUAUUCGCAACAUAUACCAACGGGAUAAAUUCGAUAACUGACGAGUUAAAAAGCGAUUUAACGCGAAGGCGUAGGAAUCUGUUGACGUCACUGGUCGUUAUCAUGUUGGCUCAUAAAGAGAUCGUAAAGCUGCUACUGGAGAGAAAUACUGUUAAGCGGACGGACUUUGAGUGGGUCGCGCAAUUGAGAUAUUAUUGUAACGACAAAAUUGUCCAAGUAUCAGCAUUCGACGCGACAAUUAAAUACGGAUACGAAUAUAACUAUUAUCGCCGGAAUAUUGUUAACACUCCCUUAACUGAUAGAUGCUUUCGUACCAUAUUGCAAGCUUAUCGCUAUCACUUGUACAGUAGUCUCGUAGGUCCAGCAAGUACUGGGAAAACGGAAACGAUCAAAGGCCUGACGGAAGCUAUCGCGAAGCCAUUCUAUGUCGUCAAUUGCAGCAACAGCGUCCCUUACGACUGCGUGAUACGGACAUUUAAAGGAAUGCUCUCUUGCGGAGCGUGGAUUUGCUUCGAGAGCUUCAACAGGUUAAAGCUGGAAUUGCUGUCGGCCAUUGCUCAGAGCCUCACGCAGAUGAAGCAAGCGGUAUCGUCUAACUUGAAGGUCGUAAGCUUCGAAGGUUGCAGCCUGAACUUGAACGCCACCGGAAACAUAUGCGUUAACAUCAACCCGGAGCAGUCGGGACGCGCUGAUCUGCCGGAUAACUUGAAGGUCCUCUUUCGUCCCGUAACAAUGGCGGCGCCGGACAUUGACAAGAUCGCCGAGGUCGAACUCUUCGCCGGGGGAUUUCUUCACGCGAGAAGUCUGGCGGCGAAGCUAGCUGCCAGUUAUAGAUUAUUAUCCGAACACCUGGCAGAGGAACGCCAUUACGACUUCAGUGCGUCGUCGCUGAAGACUGUCGUCGCGACUGCAAUUAACAUGAAGCGAAAUAUCGCGGACGAAAGCGAAGAAUACACCCUGCUGCUGCGUUCAAUGAUACAGAUAAGUAUCCCGCAGUUAUGUAACACCGAUAUACCGAUUUUCCAGAGCAUCAUGCGGGACGUCUUUCCUAAGACCGUCGUGCUUCCUCUCGAUUGUUCGGCGAUUCUAAACGCCCUGGAGAGCGUGUGCGCAAAGAGACACCUGACGUUGCAUACAGUCUUCAAGUUGAAAGCUGUGCAGAUCGUUGAACUAAUGUACGUUCGUCGCGGUCUUGUACUCAUUAGUAAUCCCUUGGGUGGAAAGACGCAAAUUUUACACACGCUUGCCGAGGCGUUGUCGCUGUUACACGAGCAAGGAAGUAAAAUUGGCGCCACGGUGAAAUUCGAAACGGUCGUGCCAGGAGUGGCGGAGAGCGACGCGCUCUUUGGACAUCUCUGCGGCAAGUCCGGGAUCUGGAAGGACGGUUUGUGUACCGCUAUACUUCGUCGCUUUGCAGAAGACACCUCGACGGACCGCAAAUGGCUGGUGCUUGAUGGAGAUUUGAGCGGCGCGUGGAUAGAAAACGUGUAUACAAUUCUCGACGAGAAUAAAAUGCUAUACUUGACAUCUGGAGAACGAUUCCCCACGACGGAAUCAGUGUCCAUUGUCUUCGAGACGAUGAGCGCGACGGAAAUUUCACCCAGCAUAGUAUCGCGAUGCGGAAUAAUCUAUAUCGAUACGCGUUCCAUUGGCUGGAGACCGUACGUGCUGUCUCACAUCGCCAAACCGUUUUACGACGGAUAUAACGAAAUACUAUGCGCUCUGUUCGAUUGGGCGGUAGACCCAUGUCUCAAUUAUUUGCGGGAAAACGGCGAUAUAUUGAUAGAUCAGGAAUUACAUCUCGUUAUGUCAACCGUGAAUUUAUUUGAAAUAUUGUUAAGAGACGCCUGUGAGGAUGCGGCAGCGUGUGACGAUAAGGGGAAGGACAAUCACUUUGUCAUAUGGGCACAGGCUGCUUUGAUCUCAGCUGUUGCUUGGGGAUUGGGUGGAAGCUUGACCGAGGAUUCGCAAACUAGAUUCAACGCUUUCUGCGUGUCACUCUGGAAUGGCACGGAAAAAAGGUAUCCGAAACCAGACGUAGUUAAACAUUUCGACGUAACACUGCCUAACGAGGGUUUAAUCCAAGAUAACUUCUACAUCUUUAAAGGCAUCGGAAACUGGCGGUACUGGGGCGAUCUGUUGAAAAACGAAAAAAUCCCCGAGAUAUGCAACCCGAAUCAAAUUUACAUUCCAAGUGUCAACAGUAUGAAGUACAAUCAUGUGCUUUUGAAGCACAUUAAAUAUCGAAAGCCUUUCCUCUUGCACGGCGACGUUGCCGUCGGGAAGACGAGUGUCAUGCACGAUCUCCUGAGGAACAGGCUGCCAGAAAAUUGCCUCGCCAACUUUUACAGUUUCACUUCGAUGGUCACGGUGACCAGAACGCAGAAGUUAUUGCUCUCCAAAUUAGACAAAUUACGUCGAGCCUCCUACGGGCCGGGGAAAAAUCAAUUUUGCGUGAACUUCGUGGAUGACGUGAACGGAGCUGCCGUGCGAAAAUCGGAGGCGCGGGCCGUAUUUGAGCUCUUGCGUCAACUUCUCAGCUACGAUUACUGUUACGACGCAAGUGAACUAAAUAAGGUGUUCGUACAGGACAUUAUGUUCGCGCUCGCGGUCACUGCGCGAAAACUCAACGGAAGCGUACCUCCUCGAGUUUUGAGACACUUCAACACUUACGCGAUCCCCGCUCCUACGGCGGAUAACAUAUUCAGAACACAUUUUAAUGUGCUGCUUGCUAACUUAAAAAAGAACUUGUUCGCAGCAGACGUCACGGGGAGCGUGACCAGCAUGGUGAACGCGACGAUUGACGUUUACAAGUCCGUAAUAAAGACGUUGCGGCCAGUGCCCGGCAAGCUGUACUACUAUUUCGAUAUGAGGGAUAUAGCCAGAGUGAUGAAUGGAUGCGGUCUGAUCCAGAAGGAAUCGGUGGAGACGAAGAUAACGUUCAUUCGGCUGUGGGUGCACGAGAUCUUACGCGUGUUCAGCGAUCGUAUGCUGGACGGGAGUGACAAGGAGUGGCUCUUUUCGAGAAUCCGCGACGCGGUGAAGAGCAACUUCAAAGACUCUUUCGAGAUCGCCUUCGAUCACCUGCCCAAAUUCGACAAUCAGAUCACCAAAGACAGCUUGAACGAUCUGACGUUCGGGAAUUUCAUGGACACGGAGAAGAGCGGCAAGUGUAGGCGGUACGAGGAAAUCGGUUCCCCGGAGGCUCUGAGGAACAGAGUUCUCGCUUACCUGGACGAGUACAACGCCAGCUUUAAAAGGAAAAUCGACGUCGUCGUGUGUCGUUACUUGCUGGAAUCUCUGAUCAAAGUUUCCAGGAUCCUGGGCACCCCGGGCGGAAACAUGUUAAUGAUAUCCACUGUGGGUUCCGGCAGGAGGUCCACGACGGCUCUGGCCGCCUUUAUGCAGCAGCAAACCUUGUUUGAAACCACCAUCGAGUCUUGCUACGACGUGAACGCGUGGAAGAAUGAAUUGAGAAGAGUCCUACGGGAAUGCGGGACGUUGCGGAAGGACGUUACGUACUUUAUGAACGAGAGGCAGAUAAAGGGCGAGUUCUUAAACGACAUCAGCUGUCUGUUGAGCACCGGGGAGCUACCUGACUUGUUCUCUACCGAAGACAAACAGAAUAUAAUAGAGAUGACGCGACUGUAUGCCCAGGAUGGUGACCGAAACGCAGAACUCAGUGCGCGUUCGGUCAUGGCCUAUUUCACAGAUCAGUGCAAGAACAGAUUACACCUGGUGCUCUGCCUCAGUCCCACCAGCGCCACGUUCAGAACAUAUUUGUGCUCGUAUCCUAACUUAGCGAAACACUGCACGGUGAAUUGCUAUCAGGUUUGGCCCGAUCAGGCGCUCUUAGAGAUCGCCGUGAAGCACAUGGGACAUGUUGACGCGCGGGAAGAAGUGAGAGCUAACGCAGCGAGGAUCUGUGUGAGGUUCCACAACAGUGCAAAGGAAAUGAGUUUGAAGUAUCGCGAAACGUUCGGUAGGAGCAUUCACGUGACGUCCUCGGCCUUUCUGCACAUGCUCAAGCUACACACGCGACUGACGUCGAAGAAGCAGGAAGAAAUCGUCGCGACGCGGAACAGAUACAUGGCGGGAUUGGAAAAGUUGGAACUGGCGGCCGAGCAAGUCGAGCAGAUGAAGGCCACUCUGACGAUCUUGAAACCCCAAUUGGAACUGUCCGCUCAACAGACCGUGAAGACUAUGAAAGAAGUGGAAACUGAAAAUAUUACCGUGGAGCGAGCGACGAUUCUCGUGAAGCAGGAAGAGGAGGUCGCGAAUAAGAAGGCGGAGAUCGCGGGCACCCUGAAGACCGAAUGUGAGGCCGAUCUCGCCGUAGCGAUACCGAUCCUGGAGGACGCGGUGAUCGCGCUGAACACGUUGAAGCCGACCGACAUCACGCUGGUGAAGGCGAUGAAAAAUCCCCCCGACACCAUCAAGCUGGUGAUGGCCGCCGUUUGCGUGAUGCUGGGCGUCCCUCCGGAUCGCAGCAUCGACCCGGCCACCGGGAAGAAAUUCACGGACUAUUGGGGCCCGAGCAAGCGCAUUCUGGGCGACAUGAACUUCCUGCAGAACCUGAAGGACUACGACAAGGACGACAUAGCGCCCGCGGUGAUGCAGAUCAUCAAGAAGACAUACAUGACGGACAACAGUUUCAUGCCUCUCAUAGUCGCGAAAGCGUCCAGCGCCGCCGAGGGUCUCUGCAAAUGGGUCCGCGCCAUGGUGUCCUACGACGAGAUAGCGAAGGUGGUCGCGCCUAAGAAGAAGAAAUUGGCGGAGGCACAAACGGAGUGCGACGAGGCCGAGGCGUUUUUAAACGAGAAACGACAGACCCUGGCCGCCUUGAACGCGAAACUGGCGGCGCUGAACGACAGUCUGCGGCAAACGCUGCAGAAGAAGCUGAACCUGGAGAUGGAGGUGGCGACGUGCACCGCCAAGCUGGUCAAGGCGGAGAAGCUGAUCGCCAGUCUGGGGGGCGAGAAGAGCCACUGGAUGCAGUGCGCUCAUAAUCUUCAAAUGAAUUACGACAGCCUCGUGGGCGACAUGCUAUUCUCGUGCGGAAUAGUGGCUUAUAUGGCGUCCUACAACACUUCCUUACGUGACGAAAUGUUGACCAAGUGGAAAGAAUUUAUGGUGGACUCCAAGAUAUUAUACACUAAAACGUAUAACUUUGUAAGUGUUCUUGGUGUGGAAAUCGAGAUCAAUCAGUGGCAGCUCUGUGGCCUGUCGAAAAAUCGCUUCGCAACCGAGAACGCCAUCAUUUUGAAUCACUCGGAACAAUGGUGUCUUUUUAUCGAUUCACAGAAUCAGAUAAAUCAAUGGAUCAAGGAAAUGGAAAAGAAAAAUGACUUGAAGGUCAUCAAACUGACGGACUCCGAUUGUAUGCCGGUCAUCGAACGAAAUAUCGAAGCCGGUAACCCGGUUCUGCUGGAAAAUGUCGGAGAGAAACUCGAAAUUGCACUGGAACCAAUCCUGUCUAAGAAUAUUUACAAAGAUGAAGACUGGUAUAUCGAUAUCGGAGCUAAAUCCGUGAGGUAUUCACCAAAUUUUCGAUUUUACAUCACCACGAGAUUGUCGAAUCCAAACUACACGGUAGACGUUUUCGCGAGACUAACGAUAAUCGACUUCUCGAUGCCCGAUGGGGCUCUUCGGGACAAACUUCUGGACAUCGUUGUCUCGAAAGAGAAACCGGAGCUCCAGGAGAAAUUCGAAGCGCUCCGCGUUCAAGACGCCACUAACAAGAAAGUCCUUCAGCAGCAAGAGGACAACAUCUUGAGCACCCUCUCGUCGACCACCACGAAUAUCCUGGAGGACGAGAAGGCGAUACAGAUCUUGGAUUCUUCCAAGAAUCUCACCGUGGACAUCAUGAAGAAACAAGAGGCAGCCGGAGCAAUGGCGGAGGACAUUGACAAGUUCAGAGACGCGUACCUGCAGUUCGCCGAUCACUGCGCGGGUUUAUUCUGCACUCUGACCGCCCUGUCCAACUUGAACCACAUGUACCGAUUUUCAUUCUCCUGGUUUAUUCAGUUGUACAUUACCUCGAUCGAGACUUCGAGCAGGAGCGUCGUUCUCGAAAAACGACUACAAUUCCUUAAGUCUUCGUUCAUGAGGAACCUUCACUCCAGCGUCUGCAGAUCGCUCUUUGAAGAGCACAAGCUUCUAUAUUCCUUUUUGCUGUGCGCGAGAGUUUUGAUAGACGCUCGACAGACCACGCAGGAGGAAGUGAAGCACUUCGUCUCUUCAGACUCGGAAGAUCGCGACGCGGCCCCGGAACCAGCGCCGGACUGGCUACCGAUGGACAAGUGGAGACAAAUUUGCAGACUGAGCAGCGCGGUGCCCAAUUUGCGCGAGCUUGCAAGUGACUUUCGUGCCAACGGCGCGACCUGGGAGAAAUAUUGCAACGCGAUACCGUUUCAGGGCCACUUGGUACCGAGUCCGUGGGCCGGCAGACUGACUCGAUUUCAGAAACUGAUGAUCAUCAAAAUCGUAAGGUACGACAAGAUUGCCGUGGAGAUAAUGCGGCUGAUAGAGGACACCAUGGAGGACGUGUUCAAUUCCCAUCCUCGCCUUCAGAUAUCCGAGUCCUACGCGGAAUCCAGCUGCCUCACGCCGAUUAUAUUCAUUCUACCGAGCUACGCCUCGCCCCUGUCGCUCGUCUCGGCGUACGCGAGUGCGAGAGGAUACUCCUCGAAAUUCGUCUCUCUGUCCAUGGGUGACGGGCAGCAGAGCCACGCCGAGAGCCUCGUGGAACGGGCACGGAUUGAAGGGGGAUGGAUAUUUUUGCAAAACUGCCAUCACGCCGCGGCGUGGAUACCGCGACUCGAGCGAAUCUGCGAGGACCUGCAUCUGCCCGGUACGUCUUUGGACUUUCGACUGUGGCUCUCCAGCUGUUCCACUCCGGACCUUCCAAUCAGCAUCCUGCAGAGCAGCGUGAAGAUCGCGUACGACGAUCCGCUUCGGCUGAAGCAGAGCCUGCUGAGAGCGUACCGGUCCGAGCCCGUGAGGAGCAAGCGAUUCUUCGAGGGGUGUCCCGGGAGAGACAAGGAGUUCUCCAAGCUCCUGUACGGGCUCUGCUUCUUCCACGGAAUCGUCAGAGAAAGGAGGCACUUUGGGCCGCAAGGCUGGAGCGUCCCGCACGAUUUCGACCACACGGACUUCGAAGUGUCCAUCGGACAGCUGCAGAGUUUAAUUAACGAGACCGAGGACGUGCCGUUCGACACGCUGCUUUAUCUGAUCGGGGAGUGUAACUACGGUGGGAGAAUCGCGGAUCGCCUCGAUCGAAGGUGUCUGCGGCACCUGCUAAGCACCUUCUGCGACGCCCGCGUCGUCGCGAACGCCGGGCAUUCGUUCUCCAACUGCGCGGAGCACUCUGUACCGCAAAGAUGCGAGUAUCGCGAUAUCAUCGUGCACAUUAGCAGUAUGCAACUGGACGCAUCGGCGGAGGCUUUCGCCUGCGACGAGAACGCUCUUGUUAUAAAGGACACAGCUGUUGUCAGGGAAUUCCUAGAAUCGAUAUCUCGCCUGGACCAAAUCACAGUGUCCGAUCGUGAAGCCACGCAAGAUCGGGCACUGCGGGCGAUCGACGAGAUCAGCGGUAGAUUGCCCGCGCUGUUUAACAUCAACGAGAUACGGGACAGGCGUCCUACGACCUCGAGCGAGCCGCUAGACGCGAUUCUCAUCCACGAGGCUGAAUUGCUCAACAAGACCUUGUCGAUAAUCGUAGAAUCGUUCAACGGCUUAAAAUCGGCAUUGAACGGCGAGACCAUUUUGACCGAGUCUCUGGAAGAUCUGUCGAGAGAAAUAUGCAAUAACGAAGUCCCGUGCGUCUGGAGGCUGGCCGAGGUCGGCGUCGCAACCAGACGUCUAUCGAGCUACGUCGGCUUGCUCUUGAAGCGCGUAGACUUCGUGCGACUUUGGCGCGACAGCGAUCUACCUCGCGCGAUCCACUUAGACGAGCUGUCUCGCAGCAAGAGAUUUCUAUCCGCGGCUCUCCUCGCGUUCUCGCGACGUCACGGCGUAUCCGCCGAGCACGUUGCGCAGGAUCUUCAGGUGACAAACGGCGAUUCUACGUGCGACGAGGGGGACGCGGACACUUAUUACAUUCACGGGUUACACUUAUCCGGCGCCCGGUGGGACGCACAGAGGCGUGUAUUAAUCGACAGCUUGACGAAUGUGUUCUGGCACGACAUGCCACCGAUACGUCUUACAUUUAGCAGGGAAAGAAGAGUCGUUGACGAUGCAUACGAGUGCCCUGUGUACAUCUCGCCGACGCGACGCGACGAAGCAGAUACCGACGCGACCACGAAGAUGAGGAGCUACGUCACGAGCGUGCCCCUGGGAACUGAUAACUCGCACGUACAUUGGAUAAAACGUGGCGCAGCAUUAUUCUGCCAAAUUGAGAAAUAA